AAAGAACACAGGACAGAAAGGAAGAAAGCUAAUGGGGGAACUGAUCACAGGUAGGAGGGGAAAAGGGCAGUGGCAGAGGAGGAGGAGAAGAUGGAGAAUGAUAAGAGUGAAGAACAAAGGAGAGCACAAGUGUCCGGAUAUCUCAAAAAUUACUUGGAAGAUUCAAAUUGUUAUUGUGAUUCCUUCCACUCAUGCUUAUAUUAUUCAAAAUGUUUUAACAAUAACGUAUCUAUGAAUAAAGGGCAAACAAGUGAGAAGAAACACAUACAGAACCAAAAUAUCAACCAUGCUGGUGAUUUCAAAAAUGUGCUACAGUGUCAACUCUUGAAAGAACAUAUCCCUGUGGAUCACAUUCCAGCCUCUGGUAAUGAGGAAUCUCAUUCAUACUUAGAUCAAUAUGAUGGUGGCUCUUCCUCCUAUAUUUUCCAAUCAAAUAGAAACAAGUGUCAAGGAAGAUAUGCAGCAAACGACUUACCUGAUGUGCAGGACCAUUUCUACCACUGUAUUGGGCAUGUGAGCAAGUCACAGCCUCGUGUCCUUUAUGGGAUUGGUAAGGGGGGUGUGGUGCUUAGGCAAGGACCAACUCUGGCUCAUUACAAAUCCAAUGUAUUUGUCAACCCACUGGCACCAGAAGCACCACCAUUACCAUCUGAUUGGCUCAUCCAACUUAUCAGUUCUAAACGACCAUCUGCUCAUGGAGUUGUAAGCUCAAGAAGAUCAAGAGGAACAUCUUCCUUACUUGUUUUGGAAAGAACUACAACAUUACCACCUGCUUCCUCAAAGAGUAAUCCUAACAUAGAUCUAAUAAUGCUACCUGAAGUUGAGUUUACUGCCACAUCAGAAUCACUUGAAUAUUAUGAACUACAAAAACAAGGUGGUCUAAAUCCACAGGGUCUGAAUCAGGAGAUCGCUCUACUUGUACAUCCUUCAGUAAUUCCACUAAAAAAUCAGUCAUGGGAUUCAAUUGUGGAUCUUAUUGACUCUUCUUUAGUUUUGAACACACAAUCCAUAAAGUCUUCUUUUCCAAAGUCACCAAGAUCUCCAUCAAAAUCAAACUCUGAACAUGGAUCACUAUCACCAAAUCCAGUUGCAAAUACAUCAAGGAUUUCUACUACCCAAUCACCAAGAUCUUACAGGGUACCUUGUUGUUUUUCUUCAGUACCUGCCUCACAGAGUCCCAAACCACAAAUAACUUUAAAUCCAUUACCAGAGCAUUCAGUGAGUCACUUAAUAAAACUUAUUGAGGCACAGUCAAAGUUACCCAUGACACUUUCAAAAAGACAAUUACAUCCACCACAAGCAAAACUAUCAAGUUUCACCUUGAGUGAAGUUUCCACUCUACAGUCAUCGUUGUCUUCUAUGAAAUCAUCUAUUUCAGGCCAGAGAGCUCUAAAAAUAAGGCAGUAUACAAUAGAGUCAGCAUAUGCCAGUAUCAUGCAAACCCCUUCAAGCCUGCCAAUAAUGACCAAACCAAGAAAUGAAUUGAUGGAAGAAAUCAGAAAAGGCAUUAAACUUCACAAAACUCAACCAAGACCUGAAAAUGAGGAUCUUGAAAAUGGAGCAGAAAUGAUCCGGGUUCGUCGUAAAGCGAUGGGGUAUCAUUCAGAAAAAUCGGAUAGCGAAACUGAAUGGAUUGAAUAAACAAAGAAGCCAUGAAGAGU